AUGGAAUUUAAAAAAAUAUUUUGUAGUACAAAUAUCUUAGUAUUGUUUUUUGGGUUUAAAUUAGCAAUGGAAACUCGAGAAGUUAGCGAAUUAAGUCGAAGCGAUAAUCCUUAUCUUUCAAACGUAAAUAAAAUUAAGGAAAUCGAAGAAUUAUACUAUCAGGAUGCUGAAAAAAAAGGAUUGAAAAGAAUUUUUUUUUCUGUAAUGCUUAGAUUUCUUAAACUAUUAGCUAAUGUAGAAAAAACUGAAUGGGACCAAAAAACUGAUAAAUAUUGUCGUUUUAAAAAAAUAUCUGAUCUAGAAGAGAUUCAACUAUUGAAAGAACAGAAUUUUGAAUUUUCUAAAAUGCUUGAAGGACUUAGUUCCAGUUUAUUUGGGGACAACCCCAAUGUUAAGUUUUUUUUUGAAAAAACUAAACUAUUUAAUUUUAUUAGCGAAGAAGAUUUUAGUGGUGAAAAUAAAGGAUGCCCUGAUUGGAAUGAAUUGCGUGCAUGUGACCAAUAUUAUAGAUCUCGUGAAGAUGAUAAAAAUAAUAUAUGUGAAAAAGGUGAUGAGAGUGGUGAAGCCAAUAAAAAUGAUAAAGUUAAUGAGUUUGUUGCACUUUAUAAAUUAUCUAUAUCUGAAGCCUUAUUGCUAAAGAAAUAUUAUCAAUUGUGGUCUUUGGCUAAUAAAGAAAUAUUGUGCAAUGAUGAAGUUAGCAUUCAUGAUUUUCUUAUAUUGCGGAAGUAUAUUGGUAUAACAUCAAAUAAUGCUAAAUAUUCAUUUUUUAGUUUAAUAUUAAUUAAGCUUUUUGAAUUAAUCGAAUCGAAAGGUUUCUUAUAA